GAGAGAGAGAGAGAGAGAGAGAGAGAGAGAGAGAGAGAGAGAACACGAACCGCCUUUGCGGAGCGAUGCGCGCUCUCCCGCGCCUCUCCGACCAGUCUCUAGGCCCGGAUCGAUUCGCCUCUCAUCGGCCCUGACAUGCAAACCCAAAGUGUCCGCCGGAGCAGAGAGGGCGAGGGGUGGUAGAGAGAGAGAGGAGGGUGGGCAGAGAUGAGAGGACACGCAUCAUCAGUUUAACUCUGGAGCCUCGCCACCAUCUCUGCUGCUGCUGUGUGUGUUUUUUGAUCCGGUUCCUCCUCUCCACCUGCCGGGUUCUCGCGCCUCCCGAUGCUGUAAACCGGGGGAAUAUGUGAGGAUCAUGCUGGCGGUGUGGUGCUUCAUGGUCUUUGCUGCAGUGGGCGAGAGGCUUGCAGUCUCAGGUGCAGAUGGAGGCAUGUGGGACUGGUUCGGCCCCUCCGGCCGGCUGGACGGUUGGGAAACUGCGACUGAGGUUGCUUAUCCCAAACGUCUGGUGCAGCAAGCCGAGUCCGAGGAGGAAAUGGCUCAUGACUACUUAAACACCCGGGUGAGGAACGGCACCGGGGACGGCUCGCCUGUUCACCUGGCCCAGAGCUGUUUUCAGGUGGAAGCCUUCGGACGCACCUUCACUCUUGACCUGGAACUAAACCACCACCUGCUGUCAUCAGAAUAUGUGGAGCGACACUUUAAUCACUACGGCAGACCCUUACAGUCCCUGGGAGGGGAGCACUGCUACUACCAGGGCAGGCUGAGAGGCCUGCCUGAGUCCUGGGCUGCUGUCUCCACCUGCCRCGGCCUGUGCGGGAUGUUCUCCGAUGGUUUCUUCUCUUACGGAAUUGAACCGCUUCACAACGACAGCAACAAGGAUGAUGGUGCUCACAUAAUUCGCAGGAUGCCAGAUAUUAGACUUUCCCCGUACUGUCAAGACUGUGCAGAGGACAGUGAGCAGGACAGCAGUGGAGGUGAUGGUGACAGCGUCACAACUAACCGUACGAGGAGUCAACACCAUGAUGGGGUGCUGAGAAGAUCCAAGAGAUUUGUCAGGAAACCUUCCGUCCAAACUGAGACCAAAUAUAUUGAGCUGAUGGUGGUGAACGACAACGAUCUGUUUGUACAGCUGCGUCGCUCCAGCAGCCAAACCAAGAACUUUGCCAAAGCUGUGGUGAACACGGCCGAUACGAUCUUCAAGGAGCAGCUCAACACCAGGAUCGUGCUGGUGGCUAUGGAAACCUGGAGCUCUGAAAACAUGAUGCCGGUAGUGGAGGACCCGCUGGUGACGCUGCAGAACUUCAUGAAGUACAGAAAGGACAGCGUCAGGGAGCAGAGCGACGUCGUCCAUCUUUUCUCGUGACUGCAGGUGUCCGGAUGCCUGGGUGGGCUGCAUCAUGGAAGACACCGGCUUCUAUCUGCCCAGAAAGUUUUCUCGCUGCAGUGUUGACGAGUACAUCCAGUUCUUGCUCCAGGGUGGUGGGAGCUGUCUCUUCAACAAGCCCAAUAAGCUGUUGGACCCUCCAGAGUGUGGGAAUGGCUUUGUGGAGCCAGGAGAGGAGUGUGACUGUGGCUCCCAGGUGGAGUGCGCUCGCAGCGGAGGAAACUGCUGUAAGAAGUGCACCCUCACCCAUGAUGCCAUGUGCAGUAACGGACUCUGCUGCAGCGACUGUAAGUACGAACAGAGAGGUGUUGUUUGUCGAGAGGCCGUGAACGACUGUGAUAUCCCUGAAACCUGCACCGGAGACUCCAGCCAGUGUCCUCAUAAUGUCCACAAACUGGAUGGUUACAUGUGUGAUAUGAGCCAGGGACGCUGUUACAGCGGACGCUGCAGGACUCGUGACGGACAGUGCAAAGGACUCUGGGGCUUCAAUUCGGCRGACAGGUUUUGUUACGAGAAGCUGAACGCUGAGGGGACAGAGAAAGGGAACUGUGGUCGGGGYCCUGRAGGGAAAGGCUGGCUGCAGUGCAACAAGCCGGAUGUAUUAUGUGGCUUCCUUUUCUGUGCCAACGUCACGGCGAAGCCAAAGUUUGGUGACCUGCAGGGGGAGGUGACCAGCUUCACCCUCUAUCAUCAGAACAAGUAUCUGGACUGCAGAGGUGGUCAUGCUCUGCUGGAGGACGGGUCAGACAUGGGCUACGUGGAGGACGGCACUCCCUGCGGUCCCAACAUGAUGUGUUUGGAGCGACGCUGCCUCCCUGUCGCCGCGUUUAACCUCAGCACGUGUCCGGGGUCAAACUUCGGACAUAUUUGCUCCGACCACGGGACGUGCAGCAACGAGGUGAAGUGCAUCUGUGACAGGGACUACACCGGGAAGGACUGCAGCGUGUUCGAUCCCAUCCCGGAGCCCACCGUCCCCACGGGCCCGGAGAAAAAAGGAACAUUCGAAGAGGAAGAUCUGGAGGAGGAUAAGACGUCCAUCCGUCUUUCUGUCUGUCUCCUGUCCACUCUCGUCUUCCUCCUCGCACUGUGUCGUUUCCACGUUGAAGAAGAGGGGAUUAAAAAAAAGUCUUCCAUUUCUGUCCUCAACUCUYUCCAAACCUCUUCAGACGAUCAUUUCCUCCACACCUGCUCCUUCCGUUUGUGCUCCUUUGGGGUCCUUGUUUGUCGUAGUUGGUGGGGGGGCUCCUCACACCAUACCAGCCGAAUCAUCCCCCACACUCAGCUGCUGCCAGCCUGCAGCUGAGGACUGGGUCCAGGCGGCACCUGAAGCUGGAGAGCAGCACUCCUGGCGGGAGGCACCAGGGUCUUCCUCCAGGCUCUGGUGUCUUCUUCUCCUCACGUCUCAGUCUGAUGAAGAACAUAUCAAUGGUGGACCAAUUUGUUAAGAGACAUGUUUCUGAUGCCUGCCUGCCUGCCGCUAAGAAGAGCAGCUACCUGGACCAGAGCACAGAGCGGUAUCAUGUGACARAUGAUGAUGGUUCAGUUCCUCUGAGGUGCAUCUUUAUACGAACUGUGAUCAGUUUUAAUCUACACCUGCAAAAGAAAUCCUCCAGUGGACUGAAGGACCGAUUCUUUGUUCCUAAACUCUCUUUAUUCCUCCCAACAAGUUUUCAGGUACAAAAAGACAAAAACAGAAGUUCGGUUUAAAGGUUUUGGGAUCAUUAAAACAAACAAACAAACAAACAAAACAAAACACAUUGAAGAAGCAGCAGUGACCGUAACUUAGUGUUUUAAAUGUCCAACAAACAUUCCACUUUAUCUGUCUUCACCUCCAAAGCUUGUCGAAGGUUUACUCUGUGUGUGUGUGUGUGUGUGUGUGUGUGUGUGCGUGCGUGCGUGCGUGUGUGUGUUCAGGGGUGAGUGUAUGAGUGUGAGCUUUUUAAAACGAAGGACCAGAAUACGUGUUUACAUUCACGCUGAGCGGGAGCUGCACACCUGAACGCUCCUCCUGCGCCCGCAGGUUUUUAAUCGUUCGGCUCUUUUUACAACCCUGAAGGAGCCGCGGACACGGCUCCGUACAACGGCAGCACAUCCACCGUUUUUAACGUAUCGAAAAGAAGAAAAAAACAGAGCACUUAUACGCACACCUGUUUGUAAAUACGUGCAAAAAAAAUCUCUGAAUGCUAAAUGCAAUGUAAGACGCUUUAUUUAAAGCUAAUAGUUUUGUUUCUGCAAAUGUAAAGCUAUUUAUUCAUCUGCAAACCUUCAUGCAUUUUUAAAUGUGGCAAAUCAUCGUCUUUCACCAAAAAAGGAAAAAAAAACUUUUUGUACGUUUGUCAAUAAGCUCAGAGCGAACGCCUCGGCCUCUGAAAACAUUAAAACAACCACUGCUGUAAAGGAGA